AUGGCGGAGCCUCAAGGAUUCCACAUCUUGAGCGAAAAGAUUCUCCACCAUGCAGCGAAUCCGGGUCUCAUUACCUACUGCCCGUCCAUGGACUUGGUCGCUCUCGUCACAGCAGACCAACAAGUCUUGAUCUAUCGUCUCAACGGCCAGAGAGUCUUCGGGGCUAUACAGAGAGCCAGCAAUCUAAGAGUGGAGAGCAUUCGAUGGAAACCGAACGGGCAGCUGCUCGCUAUUGCCUGGAGCGACGGAUCGGUUCGAAUAGUCAGCGCUGAAAGCAGUAAAACCGUGCUCCAAUUCUCUACUGGGGAAGGAGUAGGAGGCGUCACGUGUAUGGGCUGGGCGACGAAUUUGAUCAGAAGAGCUGGCUCAUCGAGCUCCAGGACUGGGACAGGCUCUUGGGAGACCUUUUUGUCCUCGAAUAGGGAAUUCUUGGACGAGAAAGCGCCUCUGGAUUUGCCACAGGAUCUUUCUCUGAUCGACAUUGAGACCAGCCUGCCAAAACUCAGCGUCCUGGCGGCAGGCGGGAACUCUGACGAUGUCUUCUCCUCGAGACUAUCUCUUGAUGCCCUGUUUCGUCCAUUUGAUCCCAAGGAUGACAAUUUCGUCAACGUGAUGGUCGUGGGCACCAGGGAAGGCAACAUCCACCUCAGUAUUUACGAUUCAUUUGAACUUGGAACAUUUGUCUCUCCAAUUAAUAUCGAUGGAGCUCCUUGCCAGCUCAUACGCCAUGCAUCCAGUGGGCAACUCUCUACACAUGCCUUACUCAUGGAACCACCAAGUUCCACAGGCUCACUCUACUUUGUCCCGAUGGACCUCCGAUUCAUUUCGGUCUCAAGCGACUACUUGUCACUCUUUGCCUCCCGCUCUACCGCCCUGAAUAACCUUCUGAGAUAUAUUCAUCAGGUCCAGAUUCUGAUGGUUGGCGAGUGGAAAGCAACUCAGGAUCUACCAAGCAAAUUCCUUCGAAACAUCAACGAGACACUUGAGGAGAAAGAUGACAGAAACAUCAUCCAAGCACUAUACCACUCCGUGGCUACGGGUCACACGCUUCCAACUGUGCGAGAAUGGCUUGUCGAUGAAUUGUCUGAGAGAGGUCACAAACGAUGGGACAAAGCCGUUACAACAGGACUAGAAAAUCUAAGGCGUCUUGUUCAUGAAAACAUGCUGCCCGCCUUGGAACGAUGCUCUAUCAUACUCAGUAGACUACUAGGAAUAGUCAAGUUCCAAGGAUCGAACAGUUCUAUGGGCUUCACCACUCGGCAGAUCAACCUGAUCAUGGAUACUAUUGCUUGUCUCCAUCUUGUAUGUUCCAAGAUUCUAAUUCAAGUCAUUGACGACCUCGAGCUUUUCGCUUCAUUCUCUACAUGGCUGCGUUUCGAGAUCGAUAAGCUUGCGUCAAAUUCGUCGGCUUCUCCAAACGAGGAUACAGCCGAGAAAGAGUCAUCAAUUGAUCACAGUAAAGUGUUGCUGUAUCUGCAGACCAGCUUGAAGUCUAGCCCUUUGGCACUUUACUUCAACGACUCGCCAUCUGAGGAUCAGAAGGACAACUGGAGUCAUUCCACGUAUGGGCUCCCAAUGUUCGAUCUAUUAGAUUCACAGAUUCAGAAUCAAGAGAAAGGACGGCCUCACAUCAAACCUUUACCCAGAGUCGACCUUCUUUGCAACUAUCUCGAUGAGCAGGCCCGUGUGAUCUUCGGUCAAAUCGCAGAGGCCGAAAAGAGGAAUGUUCUGUUCGGAAAGCCACAAUCUAUUGGAUUUGUCGAGGACGGCGGGCCGAUGGACAUGCGGAUGAGAAAAAUCGAGGGUCACCUGUGCCAAACCCAUGUAGCUUUUGUACCCAAAGGAUCACCAAGUAUCGUCCAAGUCGUUCGAAUACUGCUCUCAAUCGAAAAUGGCGUCAGUUCUGCGCACAGCAGUACCUCCUCAGCCGUCCACCUUGGCGACGGCCAAAUCCGAGACAUCAAGUUCUCUGACGACAGCGUUCUGUUCGUCUUAUGGGAGUUAAAUGGAACCACAAAACUAUUGAGUAUCCCUUAUGAUGCAAUUCCCGGAACUGGUAUGAUGCAGGGAGAGAAUUACCGGAUGGAAUAUUCUCCGCAAUUUCACCCGACACCUGCGAAAUUGAGCAACGACGAGGUAGUGGGCUUCUUUUCCCGACAUAGACUACCAGGAGACAGCGCAUUCCUCCCGGAGAAGAUGGAGGUCAGAGAGCGAUCUUCCAAGAACAGCGAGGACGAGUCCAGAAGGUUAUUUCUCUUAGGAAAAGGUCGAGUGCACUACAAGAUCCUGAAGUUUGUGGCACCAGGCUCUAUGAAGGAACGCAAGGACGAGGAUAUAUCGAUGUCAGCCUCCAGCCCUGUGCUUGGCCUUCGGCGUAUCAAGCUCUACCAGAACCUGGGCCGGCUCUCGUCUGUCAGGGAUCAUAAUUAA